UUCCCAAACGCGGAAGCUCUCUUAACUUGGGUUAGCUAUGGCCCCUUCGGGCGCGGUCAGCUCUGUUUGUGCUGCGCCAGGGUCAAAGUUCUUGGCUCUCUUUCCCCACGCCUUGUCUUGUCUUGUCGGACCACCGUGGAUAAGAUCGUGGGGCCAGUCGGAUCUUUCUCUGGACCUUUCACAGCUCCUGGCCAUCCUUAAGGGAUGCUUUCCUCCUGGGGCUUGUAAAUUAUUUUCCAGCUCUCAGGAAGGGGAAUGCGUUUUCUUGCUUUGCGUUCAGUGACCCUACGUUUACUGCUGGAGAGAGGGGGAAAAAAUCUGUGGACCCAGCUAAAUGCUUACUUACCAGGGUCUGGGCACAUUUUAAAAUGAGUGCGAUGUGAAUACCAGUACUCUGUAGGCAGAAGCUGGAAGAUCGCCUCAAGUUUGAACCCAGCCUGGGGUAUCUAGCUAGAUCUUUUCUCAGAAGCUAAGAAAGAAAGAAAGGAAGAAAGAAGAAAGAAAGAAAGAAAGAAAGAAAGAAAGAAAGAAAGAAAGGAAGGAAAAAGAGGAAAGAAAGAAAGAAAGAAAGAAAGGAAGGACGAAAAGAAAAGAGAGGAAAGAAAGAAAGAAAAGUGAAAAAAGAAAUACACAUUUUGUGAGUUUUGAUUACCACAGUUAAUGGAGGAGUUGGGGUAGGGGGACCCCGUUGGCUUUGGCAAAAUUCCAGCAAGCGUAUCUAACUAAAUCUUUCAGGGCCACGGGCUUUAAUGAACCAAAGGCGGAAGGUUGAUUGAGCUUUGACCCCCCAAGUGCAACCUGCAAUAACCUGCCUGGCUCCAUCCUAAGCCACGCGGAAACAUAGUGCCUGCCAGAGGUUAAAGUGCACCAGGACCUGUCUCAUGUUUUUUGUGUGGAAAUAGCUGUGUUGUUUUCAGUUGAUGGUGGAAGCUCAAAGCAGUUUUUCUGCAGGGACACAUUUUCACCCUAAGCCUUAUCAGACGUGGACACUCAACUCCUGGUCAACGCUCUACUACAAAAAAAUAUUUAGUUUCUAUUUAUCUGAGAUUGGGUCUCACCUAGGAUGGCUUACUGGCCUAGAACUCUCAGUGUGGACAGGUUGGCCUUGGGCUCAUAGGGAUCUGCCUUCCCCUGCCUCUGGCUGCAAUGAAAGGUGGGUCCCAACACGCUGGCCUUUUUUUUUUUUUUUUAAAGUACUGGAUAUUGAUCCUAGAGAUUCAAACAUGUCAAAAAACUGAUCGCUCACUCGCUCUCUCUCUGGUAUUUCCCCAGCAAAAUUUACAUCCUAAACAUUGCAUAUCAAACUUCAUCUGGGUAGUCUGACUGAAUAUACUAUUUGGGAGAAGUGGUGGAGAAUUUUAAGGGGUGAAACUUGAUUUUGAAGGUUUUACAAACAAUGAUAAAAUUUGGUUGAGCUAAAAGUCAGGAGGGAUUCUUAAAAAGUUCAUUUCCCUCCUCACUAAGUAGCACUUAGUAGGGCUGCUCCUUGGGCCAGCUCUGCAAUUUUCAUGGAAGAUAAGGGACAAAUUGUCGUCAUCCAACCAUUUGUGUCUCUGUAAUCCAUGUAAAACAGAAACGCAUGAAGACUAACACUGGCUGUCUGUAAUCAGGGAGACAGAAAUAAAAGUUAAACACAAAACAAGAUUACACACAGUUUAGUAACAAACCCAACUGUCAUUUGUUUCAUUGUAUCAAUGGAUUCUGAGUUCAAAAAAUGAUGCCUGUUAAUUUGUUGCUUCUUUAAUAGUAUUGGGAGCUGCGAUCCCACAGUGUGCUGGAUUACAAAUAGUCUACAUGUGUUCCAACAGUUUACACACACACACACACACACACACACACACACACACACACACACACAGAGAGAGAGAGAGAGAGAGAGAGAGAGAGAGAGAGAGAGAGAGAGAGAGAACAAGCACACGCAGGAAGCUGACCUCAUCCUCUGGAGAAGAGACAGCUCCGAGAACCUCUGCUGAGGCUGGGCUUGAAGAAGGACUCUUGUCGAGAAGGGGCUUCAGAUCCCGAGCUGCUGGAAAAGCCGUCCCAGCUUUGCAUUCUGGACAUUCUUGCAUUUCUGCAGAGAGGAACUCUUUCUUACAAAGAGAGCCAAGAUUUAAUUAAAACAAGGUAGCAAAUAGGAAAUGUCAAAAGAAAUGCGACCCAGAACGAAUGUUCUCAUUUUUAGAAGUCUCUCUGGGGGCCCAUUUGGAAAUGCAUUUGAUCACAGAGGCUGUGAGAAACAGAAUACUGUCCCCGGGUUCCACCCCGCUUUCUGCUGUGUUCCCAUCUGCCGGGCCUUAAUGCUUGUUCUGUUUUCUGCAGAUCUGAGUUAACUGAAUAGGGUUCCUCUGGACACAUCUUCUCUGUCUCUCCAAUUAGGGAGUGAAGCUAGGGUCUCCAGCAUGCCGAACAAGUGCCCUACCCAGCCACAGGCAUACAUGGCCCAUCCUUUUUAAUUUUGCUUUCAAACAAGGUCUCAUUAAACUGGCUGGCCUUGAACUCAUUGUGAAAUCCAGGCAAGCCUUGAUGUUGCUCUGUCCUCUUGCAUUUGUCUUUCUGAGCACCUGGGAUUAUUGUUGUGAGCCACUAGGCAGAGACCAUAGGUUUUUGCUGCUGCUGCUACUGCUUCUGCUUCUCCUCCUCCUCCUUCUUCUUCUUCUUUUUGUUUUUUGUUUUUCGAGACAGGGUUUCUCGGUGUAACCCUGGCUGUCCUGGAACUCACUCUGUAGACCAGGCUGGCCUCAAACUCAGAAAUCCACCUGCCUCUGCCUCCCAAGUGCUGAGAUGAUUCCUCCUAUUCCUCCUCCUCCUCCUCCUCCUCUCCACCUUCUUCCUCUUCCUCCUCCACCUCUUCCCUUUCCUCCUCUUCCUCCUCUUCUAAGCAAAACUGUAACACUAUGUUUCACAGGGCUACACAGAUUAACACAUGGAGAGAUUCAGUUUCAUGGCUUGGUUUGUUUUUUUUUGUUUUUAAGACAGGGUUUCUCUGUGUAUCCAUGGCUGUUCUGAAACACGAAUUGCAGACCAGGCUGGCCUUGAACUCAGCCUGCCUCUGCCUCCCUAGUCCUGGGACUAAAGGUCACUUUGCUCAGCGUUGGCUUCUGAAUUUAAGCCAAUGUAGUUCCUGGAGGGAAAUGCCCUAUUUACUCAAGUAAAAAUUAGCAGGUUAUUAAAUUACUGUUUUAGGCUAAAAUACCUUAAAAAUUAUGUUUGGGGAAGCACAAGGAAGUUAUCCUGUGGACAGCUGUGGAUCUGGGAUGCUAGACUGACGCCACCGUUUUUUCUUUUUUCUUUUCUUGAAAGGAGAAAGAAUGACAACUCUUUUGAUCAUUUGUAAAACCGGUAGAACAGCUUACCCAGUAAAUCUACUCAAAAGAAAGUACUGGCAAGGCCUAGGGACACACUUUCACCUGACCGGUGGAUGAAAUGGCAACAACUUGCCUUUACCAUAAUUUUUAAUAAAGCCCCCAUUAAGGCAGGGGAGCAACCACGCACAACAUUUUCUGUAUCCCACACACUCUGGCUGGCCAGGCGUCCAAGCCCACCGCGGGAACCGUUCGUGCCAUUCACCUGCAUGAAUCAGAGACCAUGCUACCUAUCCAGGGCUCUGCAAAGCCUCCGCCCAUCAGGUCGAGUCCAUCCACACUUUAGUUUUGACUCCAGGCGCCGCCUGGUGGCCACUGCCAGAAGUGCCACCUCCAACUCCGGGGUCCUGACUGCUGGCGCGGCUGCCCCUGGAUAUGCCUGACUCCAGAGACUCCCGCCUCCGCCCCUUCCGCCGUGGCCGAUCGCGGAUUCUUAAGACAGUGACGCCGCCGCGGCCGCCGUGUCAGAAACCGUGGAGCCCCGGCGUCUCACCUACCGUCUCGAGGACGGCCUGAUCAGGCUGUCACCGAGCAGCCCACGACCCGGAAGUAGCCGGCUGCGCGAGGCCCCCGUUGCCCAGCGCGGGCGCCGGGGUGCGGGGUGGGGGGCGGAGCUCGGAGCCGAGGGGAGUCCCGGUGCCCGCGGCUCGGAACCGCGCGAGGUUGCGGGGCUCCGGGGACGCAGCCAGGCGGCCGCGAUCUCCGCGGGACCGGCUCCGCCGCGGCCCCGAGGCGGCGACAUGAGCGCCGCGGGGCUGCUGGCUCCGGCGCCGGCUCCGGCUGCAGCGCCGGCCGCCCCGGAGUACUACCCGGAGGACGAGGAGGAGUUGGAGAGCGCCGAGGACGACGAGCGCAGCUGCCGGGGCCGAGAGUCCGACGAAGACACCGAGGAUGCCAGCGAGACUGACCUGGCGAAGCACGAUGAGGAAGACUACGUGGAGAUGAAGGAACAGAUGUAUCAGGACAAACUGGCAUCUUUGAAGAGGCAGCUGCAACAGCUUCAGGAAGGUACGCUCCAGGAAUAUCAGAAACGGAUGAAGAAACUGGACCAGCAGUACCGAGAGCGGAUCCGGAAUGCAGAGGCUGCCACCAAAAGUUAUGGUCCAGGUUAAAGGUGGAUCUUCCCAACUCAGAAGAUCCGGAUCAAAGAGCUCUUCCUCCAGCUGGAAACGGAACAGGUGGAGAGGAAUUACAUUAAAGAGAAGAAGGCGGCCGUGAAGGAGUUUGAAGACAAGAAGGUGGAGCUGAAGGAGAACCUGAUUGCCGAGCUGGAGGAGAAGAAGAAGAUGAUCGAGAACGAGAAACUCACCAUGGAGCUGACUGGAGAUUCUAUGGAAGUGAAACCCAUCAUGACCAGAAAAUUGCGGAGGCGACCAAACGAUCCUGUCCCCAUUCCAGACAAGAGGAGAAAACCGGCUCCUGCUCAGCUGAACUACUUGCUAACAGACGAGCAGAUCAUGGAGGACCUGAGGACGCUGAACAAGCUUAAGUCACCCAAGAGACCAGCUUCCCCAUCCUCUCCUGAACACUUGCCUGCCACACCUGCAGAGUCUCCAGCCCAGAGGUUUGAGGCUCGGAUAGAAGAUGGCAAACUGUACUAUGAUAAGAGAUGGUACCACAAGAGCCAGGCCAUCUACCUGGAAUCUAAGGACAACCAGAAGCUGAGCUGUGUGAUCAGCUCAGUGGGAGCCAACGAGAUCUGGGUGAGGAAGACCAGCGACAGCACCAAGAUGCGGAUCUACGUGGGCCAGCUGCAGCGUGGGCUCUUCGUGAUCCGCCGGCGAAAAUUCUUAACUUACCGGGACUAGCUCCUUGGCCUGGGACAUGGGGAGCACUGUGGAGUCUUCAGGGCGCUCACAUGGCCGCCACCUCCAUCUCUGUGCCGCUCUCUCCUGCCUCGGCCUCUUCCAGAACUCAGUCACCAGAGAGACUCUUGCUUUCGGAGUAGAGGGGUUCACCCACCUUCCUUGAAUUCCUCUCUUGUCUCGUUUUGUUUAUACUUGAUCCUUUUUUCAGACCUCCUUUGAGUUUGAAGGGAAGCUCGUUUUAACAAUUAUCUUUAGGCCUUUGAAGAGCAGCAGGUAUGCUUUCCCGCCUAAUCUGCUGGGCAGAUUGUGUGCCUGCCUGCCGAGUUGGGCCCGGAAGCAUGGGGCAGGGUUCUCCUGGCUCCACUUUCUUGGAGAAAUAAAUGAUAUAGAACAUCUAUCUGCCUUGGGCUUCUACUCCAAUGACUGCGUGAGUGUCUUCACCCUGGACACUGCAGCCAACGGAUGGGGCUGGGGGUGGGGGAGAGGGGUGGCAUGUCCCUAACAUGCUAAGUCACUGCUCUGAGCAGUUUCCAGCGAACACGAUUCAUUUAGGUAUGCCCGUCCUUGUUCAGGGUGGAAGAAGUGGGAAUUCCAGAGGUCUCCGUCUGUAACUCCUCUGGCUCCCAGUGGCUACAAGGAUCUCAUCACGUGCCCUACUGUGAUGUGGGUUCUCCCUUCCCCAUAGCUGCGGUGGCAAGGUGGGUGCCUCGCUCUUGCAGCUGGACCCACUGCAGUACUGGACCGCUCAAUAUCGAAGAACCUCCAGCCUCCCCCGAGGUUUGUCCCACGUUAGUGACAAGGAGAGCUCUGUCAUGCUGCAGCUGCCAAGUCUGCGUGCUGCUUGAGCCCCAGCGAAGCCACCUGCCAUGGCCCUCUUGCUCCCUGGGCCUCUUAUUGGAGAAAUGACUGGUGUGGCUGAGCAGGAGAUUCCUUCUGCUCUAGCCGCCACAGGCCACGAGAGAAGAAGCGGAUCCGAGCGACUGUCACCAUCUCGGGGCAAUCAGUAGGCUGUCCACACCUUGUUUUGCUGUGGGUGUGGGGAGCCACAGGAAGUCGUGUGCCUCCACGGAAGACUGUACAGAAUCACUUUGUUUAUGGCCGCUCUCCCAUUGGAUUCUUAAGAAAACAGGAUAAACAAUGUUUAUUCACUAA